UUGAAAACGCUUCAGGCCGGAAGUGUGAGACGAGAUGCGGUUAAAAACCGCUUCAGGCCGGAAGUGUGAGACGAGAUGCUGUUAAAAACGCUUCAGGCCGGAAGUUUGAAGUGAAGAUGGAUAUAAAAGCUUCAGCGAAGCUCGGGGAGAUACUCAACAGCACUUGGAGGCCGAGCUUGGAGUGACUGCCUGGGUUUGCUGGGAUUCUGAGUUCUGCCAUCAGUUCUAGUUUCUGACUCUAAAACAACAUGGGAAAUCCUCUUCUGUGUAGUCUCUGUGCAUCAACAUCUUCAUCUCAAGGUUCCUUCCGACUGAAGAGCUGAAGGAUGAGUGUCCAGGACCCACCCACACUCCUGCAGCUGGCAGUACAGAGACUACUGACAAAUGAGGCCCUGGCCAUCUCUUCUCUGCAGUACUUGCCCAGGGGUCUUUUCCCACUACUAUUCAAGGAAGCCUUCAAUCACAGCCAAACUAAUGUCCUGAGGGCCAUGGUGGCAGUGUGGCCCUUUCCCUUCCUUCCUCUGGGGACCCUGAUGAAGACUCCCGACCUGGAGAUCUUACAGGCUGUGCUGGAUGGAAUAGAUAUGCUAUGGACACAGAAGGUUCUUCCUAGAAGGCAGAAGCUUCAAGUACUGGACCUGAGGAAUGUUCACCAUGACUUCUGGGAUGUUUGGGUUGGGCCAGAGGAUGGAGACCACUCAGCAGAGACUGUGUGUGAAGAGCAGAUAGCAAAGCGUCUUCAUAGAUAUGAACUGAGGCGGUGUUUGAAGGUGGUCACUAACCUUUGCCUCAGGUUCCAUCUGAGUGCACACCAAGCAUACUUGUUACAGUGGGCCCAGCAGAGAAGAAGUUCUAUACAACUGUGCUGUGUGAAGAUGCAGAUUUGGGCUUUGCCUGUGUUUACUGUCAGAAAGGUCUUGAUGGUGUUCCAGCCAGACAGCAUCCAGGAAUUGGAACUAAAUACAGGUUGGAGUCUGUCCUCUCUGGUGCAUUUUGCAUCUUACCUGGACCAGAUGAGAAACCUUCAAAAACUUCUUUUAACACGGAUUCACAAGAACACCUUCAAGGUUCUAAAUACCUCCUCGGACAUACAGAAGUGUAUUACUAAGUUUGUUUCUCAGUUCUCCAAACUCAACUCUCUCCAGCAUCUCUCCAUGAAUGGCAUCUACUUUUCCAGUGAGCACAUGAAACAAUUGUUCAGGUACCUGAAGACCCCUUUGGAGACCCUGUCCAUCACUAUGUGCAAGCUUUCACAUUUAGACUUGAAUUCCUUGUCGCAAAGUCAGAGCCUCCAUCAGCUCAAACACCUGAAUCUGAGACUUGUGAAAUUAAUUGACUUACGUCCUGUGCCUUUCCAUGAUCUCCUAAAGAGUGUUGCAGACACUCUGCAGACCCUAGAAUUGGAGGGCUGUUGGAUGGUAGACUCCCAGCUCAUUGCCCUCCUGCCUGCCCUGAGCCAGUGUUCCCAGCUCACCAGGGUCAAUUUCUAUGACAAUGACAUCUCCAUGGCUGUUCUGAAGGACCUACUGUAUCACACAGCCAAUCUGAGCCAGCUGACCCAGGAGCUGUAUCCUGCCCCUCUGGAGUGCUAUGAUGACAGUGGUGAUGUCCUCAUGGGAAGAUUUGCCCAACUUUGUCCUGAGCUUAUGGAGACACUCAUUACUGUAAGGCAGCCCAAGAGCGUCUCCUUUGCUACAUAUAUCUGCCAUGAAUGUUGUCAGCGCUGUGUCUAUGACCUAGAGACCAAACUUUGUGGUUGUCAGCAGUAAACAGGCAGGUCUUUGAUACUGAGAAGUGAAAGCCUAGGAACAGGUCUUUCAUGAAGAGAACCCAAAGCAUAUGGCCACACACUGUUCAUUUGGGGACCCAAAUGGUGUUCAGGAUUGCUAGACCACAAAGACUGAACUUAGAACAGUGGGACCCAGGACAAAUGUUCAAGGACUCAAAAGACAAUCCUGUGUUUCUUUUAUUUUGUUCUUCUUUCUUUUUCUUUAAGAUUUAUUUAUUUUAUAUCUGGGUGAUUUACUUGCAUAUAUAUGUCCUUGGUGCCUGUUGAGUUCAGAUGUGGGCAUGGAUCCCCUGGAACUGGAGUUUUGGAUGGCUGUGAACCAUCACAUGAGUCUUUUGUAAGAACAAGUGCUCUUGGCUGCUGAGCCAUCUCUCCAGCCCUAAUUCUGCACUUUGUAAAUAAAUGAGUUCUGUCAGGUCAUGAUAAUGAA